UAAUACCAACUAUUACAACCUCUUAAAGCAAAAAUGUUUUCUUUUCCUCCAAAAAAGAGAUAAAGUUAUCAUCUUUAGAAGGGAAAGGGGCAUCGGGUUCAUGCUUGUGUAUAUGAAUCUCUCACGUGGGGUUUGAUCAUGGAAAUGAUGGAGGGAAAAUAUAUGAUCAGUGAAAAGAGAGCAAAAAAAGUUAUAAUAAUUCAUUCUUCACUCUUUUUUCUUUAUCUUCUUGUUCCUCUCUCCUUCUGUCUUUAUCUCUCGUUGAGUAUGAUUUUUUAUUAAAAAAAAUAAGCCUUUUUUCGUGGUUUACUUUGUUUUAUUGUUUUAGUUUCGUAUCUGCAGAAUUCUCGAUGAAAAGUGAAGUGUUGGCUUCUUUGUUCUGGGUUAUUGGGAUAACGAAGUGUUUGGUUUCUUAAAGAUUUUGUUAUCAAUCAGUGUUUUUUAGAAUUCCUGUUCCCCACAGCUGUCACUGGUUUUCAGGAUGAGUAUAUAAGGUUUGGCUUGAACAGGUGGGGCAGGAAAGUUUCGAGGUGCAGAGAAAUAUUAUGGCUACAUAUUACAAUGGUUCUAAUAAUCAAAAGGAUGCUGCUCCGAUGAUCUAUUUGAGAGAACCGGCACCUGGUUCAUUUCCAGAGUCGACGAGUCUUCCUAGUAAUACAAUUAUGCAUAUGAAUUAUGGGUCGUAUUUAGAGGCAUUUGCUGGGAAUUCUCAGCAACAAAAUGAUUGCACAGGGAUUCAGGCUGUGGAAAGUUCGGAUUCGACUCCACAGAAGCAAGAAAUCUUGUCAAGCCUGGGUGGCUUGUGUGUUGGGGAGCAUGAUUUUGGUGCUUGGAGGGAUGGAAGAAGUGAAAUAUUACUUAUGCAUCCAAUGGGCGGUACUGCUGGUGUCCUUCGCAGUGGUCAAAACUCGCAAGGUCAAGGAUUAUCCCUAAGCCUUGGAACCCAAAUUCCCUCAGGAAUUCAAAUGUCUUCUGUCCCAUAUCGAAAUCUCAAUUCGGAUUUUGCUUCUUUAUUGAGUCCUAAUCCAUCUCUUACUGGAGAGGGUGACAGCAGGAACGAACAGUCGAGAAAUGCAAAAUAUCUUCCACCUGGUUUUUCUAUAGGCAACCAAGAUUCAAAUAAAGGGGAUUUAUCUGCAUAUGGAAUGUCGAGUAUUUCAAAAGGCAUUCCUAAUUCCAGAUAUCUCAAGGCAGCACAAGAAUUGCUUGAUGAAGUUGUUAAUGUUCGAAUGGCUCUAAUGCAGUGCAAUGGAGAGAAAAACCAAAGCUCGGAAGAAAACCGGACGAAGAGUUCCAAAGAGGAUGACGGAGGAUUAAAAAAAGUGCUCUCAAAUCAGCAAGAAUCCUCCAAUAACUCUCGAAACCAGCUUUCACAUGCUGAACGGCAAGAACUACAAAACAAAUUAACAAAGCUGUUGUCCAUGUUGGAUGAGGUUGAUAGAAGGUAUAAACAGUAUUAUCAUCAGAUGCAGAUUGUGGUGUCAUCAUUUGAUGUGAUAGCGGGGUGUGGAGCCUCUAAACCAUACACAGCACUUGCACUUCGGACUAUAUCCCGCCACUUCCGGUGCUUACGAGAUGCGGUUAAUGGUCAAAUUUGGGCAACACGUGAAAGUCUCAGGGAGCAGGAUAAUUCAGAAAAUAGUAAAGGAGUAGGAAUAACUCGUCUGCGUUAUGUGGAUCAGCACCUGCGGCAACAGAGAACUCUCCAGCAGCUUGGAAUGAUGCAACAACAUGCAUGGAGGCCUCAGAGAGGGCUGCCUGAAAGCUCAGUUUCAAUACUUCGUGCUUGGCUUUUUGAGCAUUUUCUUCAUCCCUACCCGAAGGAUUCCGAUAAGAUCAUGUUAGCCAGACAGACAGGCUUGACUAGAAGUCAGGUUGCCAAUUGGUUUAUAAAUGCACGGGUGCGUCUCUGGAAGCCUAUGGUUGAAGAGAUGUACAAGGAAGAAUUUGCGGAUGCAGAAAUGGACUCUAAUUCUUCAUCCGAAAAUGAUAUCAAAGCAACACAAGGCGAUACGAUGGCCUCUGGGGACAGAGGUGAAGAGGUGCAACAAAGUGGAAGUUCUUCGGCCAUGGAGGGAAGUAACACCAGACAGUUGGUGGAUUCCAAAGCCGGUCAUGUUCCUUGUGUAGUCGAUAUGACGGGACCAAUUGUUGGAGCUGGUUUCCAAAACGUCAUGCGACAAGAAGCUGAAACCAUGUUACUUAAGCCAAGGGAGGAGCAGAGGCCCAAUAUCGAUGACUCUAACCUCUUGCCUAAUGCAAUUUCUCAUCCAGAUGGCGAUAGUGGCCAGUUUAUAGCAGCUGCUACUGCUUACCACAUGUCCGGAUUUGGGAGUUUCGGGAAUGGAACCGGUGUCUCCCUCACUUUGGGAUUGCCGCAUUGUGAGGGUGGCGAUAUACCGAUAUCAAGUGGAGGUCAUCAGAAUUUUGUUGCAAUGAGAGGGGGUGGCAUAUAUGAUCCUGCAGCAUCGAGUGCCGAAACAUCAGAUUUUGAAUGCAUAAAUCCCGGAAACCGGGAACAUGGGCUUAUUUCCUCUCAUUUAGUACAUGAUUUUGUAGCAUGAAAUGUGCUUGGCUGCUGAUUUACAAUGGUUAAUCUUGAUAUUGCUCUCUUAUGAAAUUGAGAAACUGGAGAGCCAUAGCCACGUUUGAAGCUCAUCUGAACAUUUCAUUGUGUUGGGCAGCCAAGGUAUUGGUACAGUUGUAAUACAUCAAAAAACAAAUUGAUUGUAUGGAUCAGUAUGUUUGUAAUGAUACACGAUUUUUGUUUAAUUUGUCAAGGAAAAAAUCAUGUACAAGUGGUUGCAUCUGAAACAAAAAAAACUGAUGAAAUAAAAGGUAGGAAUUGGGAUUGUA